GCCGGCUCCUCCCACGUCUCUGUUCGCAGUCAACGCCACACACUCGUCCGUCACUCUGCUGUGGAGCGAGGAGGGAGUGGUCGACUACUACCAGGUCAUCUGCAGAGCCAGAGGAAGCCGAGAGCUGAAGGCGCGGGAGCCUCAGACCGUCACUUCUCAUCUGGUGACAGUUUCUGGUUUGACGCCUUCGUCCUCCUACAACUGCACCGUCACCAGCUUCAGCUACAGCACGCCGAGCAAGCCCGCACACAUCACCAUUACCACUGCGGCUAAAGAGAUGAACCCGAGCGUGGCGGCCAUCUCGGCCCUCGCCGUCCUCAGCGUCCUGCUCGUCAGUCUCCUCGUCCUCUUCCUGCUCGUUCUGCGAAAGAAACACCUGCAGAUGACCAGAGAAUGUGGAGCUGAGACGUUUGUCAAUUUUGCUUCGUUCGAACGAGACGGGAAACUUCCCUACAACUGGCGAAGAAGCCUCUUUGCCUUCCUUACCCUCCUGCCAUCCUGCCUUUGGACUGACUAUCUUUUGGCUUUUUAUAUUAAUCCUUGGAGCAAGACGGCUUUAAAGAAACGGAAGCUAACGAGGAUGAUGAUGAUGAUGAGGAGGAUCUUCUCUCCAGAUGACUUCAGUCGAGUUCAGUUAAUCUCGAUGCACAACGACGAAGGUUCAGAUUACAUCAACGCCAACUACAUACCUGGAUACAAACACGUGAAGGAGUACAUCGCCACGCAGGGUCCGCUGCCUGAGACCCGGAACGACUUCUGGAAAAUGGUCCUGCAGCAGAAAUCUGCCAUCGUGGUGAUGCUGACGCAGUGUAACGAGCGACGGAGGGUGAAGUGCGACCACUACUGGCCGUUCACAGACGAGCCGGUGAUGUACGGAGAGAUCAGCGUGGAGAUGCUCUCUGAGACCGAGUCUCUGGAGUGGACCAUCAGGAAGUUCAGACUGGGAUACGCUGACGAGUCUCAGGACGUCCUCCACCUGAACUACACCUCGUGGCCGGACCACGGCGUGCCCACGGUGAACGCCAUCGAGAGCAUCCUGCAGUUCGUCCACAUCGUCCGUCAGCAGGCGAACCGGACCAAAGACCCCAUCGUCGUCCACUGCAGCGCCGGCGUCGGCAGAACCGGGACCUUCAUGGCUCUGGAUCGUCUCAUGCAGCACAUCAGAGAACACGAGUUCGUGGACGUCCUGGGGCUGGUGUCCGACAUGAGGUCCCACCGACUGUCCAUGGUUCAGACUGAGGAACAGUACGUGUUCAUCCAUCAGUGCGUCCUGUUGAUGUGGCAGAAGAAGAAGCAGCUGUCCAUCACCUCCGACGUCAUCUACGAGAACGCCAGCAAAACAUAAAGACGCCGCUCCGCCACACGCUGUGGACCAGCUCCUGUCCGUCAGCUUCCAUUCUCUGCAGAAGAAGAAGAUCUGCUUCAUCAUCAGUAUCAAGAAAAAAGCAUCAACGUGAAAAUAAUAAUCUGAUUGUUGUUCGAAUUGGUGUAAAAGCAUGGGAUGGAGUUUUGCCUUAAGGAGCCGUCACUGACUGAAAACACGUCCAACCACGUCCCUGUCCUCUGAACGGACUCAUUCAGAGGCGUUAGCGAGCUCCGCCCACUGAUUGGACGUCUGAACAUGAAGCGACGAGUCGGUGGAACCGAGUCGCACCUUUUUCAUUAUAUUUAUGUUUUUAAUCUCAGGAGUCGCUGAAAAACCAGCGAGCACAUCGGCCUCGGCCUCCGCUCCCUAACUCGUGUUUCAUUCUUCAGAAUCCGCUCGUCUGCAGCUUCCUGUCCUGGACGAAGCGGACGAGUCGCAGGCGGCAGAAAACCACGUCACAAACAACAAUUCAAAAUAAAAGCCACUCUGCGAAUGAACGGAUCACAGAAAAGAAGAAGAACCCAGCAAACGUUCCACCGACGAAAAAUCAUCAUCUCAGCUCGUUUUGAUUCUUAUUUCUCGUUUUGCUGAACUUUGGAAAUUUAAAUUGAAAAUGUUCAGCUUCAGAAGGAUUUUAUCGUCUGUGAUCAACAAUCUGCAGAAAUCAUAUCGACAGAAACGUAUCCGACCACGUUUCAGCUGAAACUAAACAGGAAGUUUCUUCAUGUUGCUGAAGUCGACAAAACAUAUCGACUCAGAUCUGCAGAGUCGACACGAGCCGUCGAUUUCUAAACAUCAAAACAUCAACAUGUAAAAAAGUAACACAACAGAAAUCAUUUCAGACUUAAUCCGUGAAGAAACAUCGUAAAUAUGAAUGACCCUAAAGCUUCUUUUUGUUUUGUCAUAUUUUGGUGAAACAAAUUAUUUUCUUAGUCCACAGAGCUUCCAAAAUGUUUGAUUCAAUAAAAUCUGAUAUUUAUCCUGAAAGUUUUAAAUCCCAAAUAUAAUAUUUAUCUUGUUAAAAAUGUAAAGUGUCCUGAGAAUCAUACAGAGUUUUAAUUUUAAUACAUUUAAAAUAUUUAUAUUGCUCCAAUUUCUUUACCGUCAUAAAAAUAAGGACCCAGAAUUUAGUAUUUCACAACUUUAAGUAAAUACAUUUUAAAAUGGCCUCUGGUGAUUCGACCUUACCUUUAGACUUGAGGUCAUUCUCCCAUAUUUGAUCUCAGAAAUCCCACAGUUGUGUUUUGAAUUUGUUAUGAAGUUGAUUUAUGGGAAUAUUUUAAAAUCAAAAACUUGCAUGAAUUUGAACAAAAGUGUGUGAUUCACUGUUGAAAGCAGAAGUUUCUGUUUGAGCUGAUCCUGAUUGGUUCUUUAAUUGUUUUGGCUCGUGUCGAUUCUUCACAUCUGCUUAAUUCAGGAAACAGUUAUGAGCAUUUUCUGAAGCCUCGUGUUUGUUAAAUCAUUUCCAGAUUAUUUUUGGUUUUGUUAUUUUCCAUCUUUCUACUGAAGAUUUGACUUGAAGAAAAAUUUACGUUUCUCCGACGACUGUCGAGAAUGUUUCUGAACAACCUCCGACUUCACUCUGCAUUCAGGACGUACAGGGUGUCGUCAAAAUAAAAGCACAGCUCGAGUUUAAAAGUUGAACGGACUAAAUGUCUGAUUAAUCAAAGUUUUCUAAUAUUUCUAUCAUCAGAAGCGUUUUGUCAGCUGACUGAAACUAAACCUUUAAAAUGUCAGGAACACACGUUUGAAACCUAAAGUUCCGUUCACUGCUCCGCACAAUUAUUUCACUAACGUGUUUCUCUGAAAACAGUUUCAAUAUUUCAUCUCAACGAACCGACAAGGUCUUUAUCAGAAUAAGACUAAAUGAAGAUUCAAUAGUUUAUUUUCUGAUGUUUGAUAUUUAAUUUAAUAUUUCACACGAACCACAGAUUCAUCACAACUGUAAUUACAACGUAAUAAUUCAAGUCAUUUAACACGACACAGAAGUUAAAUUUUAAAGAAACUGAAGUUUCAGCAGGAAGUUGUGUAAUUCUUUUGUUUACAUCAGACGUUUCAUCAGGUUUAGAAAAAUCUGAAUAAUUAGGAGCCGUAAACUCGAUGUUGAGUUUCGUUCAGCUUCAGUGAAAUAUUUUGUUAUUGUUGCUCAAAAUGUUUAAAACCUUCAAAUGUUUGAAACUUUCCCAGAAUGAAUCUGAAAAGCUGUUUCAUUAUUUUGACGACACCUUGUUGUUCACGUGCAGGAACUUUAAGAGAUGGAUGAAUGUCUGAUAAAAUGGCCGCUCAGUGUUAAAUGAUUGUGGUUCAAACACCUGACGUCUGUACCUGUUCUCCGUCUGGGACCCCCAGUCGCCACCGCAUCAGAAAUAGGUUUCGUUUUGUUAGAAAUCAAACGUACUGUAAAUACUACUACUGCUACUACAAGUAUUCUGUUGCUACUCGUCAUGACAAAGUAAUUCUUGUGAAAAUGUUGCUUUAGAGGUUUGUUUUUUAAAACUUGUUCAUGUGAAUCAUCUUUGAGACACAAGCUUCGUUCUCUCAUCGCUACAAUGGUUCCGUCUCUCGACGCUAACGGACGAUUGGACGAGUUCACAAAGUCACGUGAACACGGAGAACUCGUCAUGUGAGAACUCGUCAUGUGAGAACUCGUCAUGUGAACACGUGGAACUUGCACUUUGGUACAACUGUAAAAAGAAGAUCACUGUAAACUCUUUCUCUUCGUGUCCAGUCUAACUUGUCGUUGGUGCCAUUUCUUGUGUCACUUCAGAUUCGAGGUUGAUCUCGAUCAUUGUCACAGUUUUAAUGUUUCUGUGUUGGAACAAAAUAAAUUGUUGCAUUUA